AUGACCUCUGAGACUCCAUCACCCUCGACUCAUACGCAAGAAACCAAAAACAAAGUAUCUUUCAUCGAAAGAUUACUUCGUCUAUAUCCCAUUCAAGGUAAUCAUCAUUUACCUCCUCCCACGACCCAACCGACAUCACCAUCACAGAAUGUACGACUAGUGACCCCAGUGGAUAUCCGAGCUCUGGAAGCUUUCUUAGGACCAAUUGGUCGUCCAAGACGAUCAAGUAUCACACAGCGAAGAGAUACGCUUCAGCCUACGAUGGCCGAUAUCGAAUCUCAAUCUCAACCUCAUCCUACUACCCAAUGGAGCAAACCCACCAUCAAACAGGUCAUCAGAGCCAGCCCUCGUCGAAUGAUUUACCUGUCUAUCCUGCUAGGGAUGAUAGUAGGUAUAGUAGUAGGAUGGGUAAUAUUCAUCCAUCAAAUGACUAAAUUAUCCAAGUCGAAGGAAAAAGAAGAAGAAAAAGAUAAAAGUGGGGUGGAUACGUUGAUAAUGGUAGGAGAUGGGUGUUUCAUCUUAAUACUAUUAACAACAUUAUUUUUCAUCCUCCGCCAUUCCCUUAAGAUCUACGCCCAUUUCCGUCCCCCCUCUUCUCCCCUCCCCUCUCAAUCAGGCAAUACAACUAUGACCGAAGCACCAUGGACUCUACCCCCCUUGCCUACGUACGUAGGCGCCGUAGGUAGACAACAGCGUACAGGCGUUGUGGAAGAUCGGUACAUCUCAGGUGAAUGUCCGCCUAAAUACGGGGAUGAGAGAGGUAGUAAGUUGUUAUUGAGAAGUAUUAGUAGAAUGGCCGAAGAUCAAGAUCUGGAUGGAAGACAGGGUAGGAUGGAAGUGGUCACUCGAGGUGCGGGACAAGGACCAGAUAAUGCUCAGGAUCGAACUCAAGAAGAUGGACGAGGAUUGGAAGUACAACUUGAUGCUGAUGAUGAUACCCAAACUCAAGAUCCAAAUCAUGGGACUAGGUCUAUAAGGUCAGGCGAGCUUCAGAAUAACGGAAAAUGA